AUGCAUGAUAAAAUUGAUCAAAAGUAUAAUGAACUUCGAAUGACAAUUGAACAAUUUCAUACACUUAUCGAAUUGAAGAAAGAUCACUGGAAAAUAGAGUUGGCAAAUCGAAUGGAAGCAAAAAUUGGUUAUGUACUGAUGGAACAGUUACAAAAAGAUGAAGUUGAUGGAUUAGAAGUCAAUAAAGCUCGAGAUGAAUUCUUUCGUAUAAAACAGCUAUAUAACUUACUUAAUACUCAUUCAUUAAUUGAUGUAACCAAUGAAGAAGACAUUCCAAUAGACUUGAAGGCACCUCGUUUUAUUUUUCCGAAUGUUGAUAUGGACGGUUUUAAUUGGGUUGAGAAAAUUUCAACGAAAAACAAUGUACAAAAAAUGGAAUGUUCAGACCAAGAACAGAUUCACCUUGAGGAAAACACAACUUAUCAAGAAACAGAUUGUGAGUAUUAUUUAUAUUAA